AAAGCGAGCGGCUGCGGGGAGGCGGGGACGGAGCGCGCGAAGGGCAGUGAGCGUGCGCGCGCGCUCUGGCGAGCAGCGACCUGACCAACCGGCGAGCCCCGUCGCGAGCCCGAACAGCUUUGAGAGCGCGCGUGCGCGCCUCGCUUCCUGAGCUGGUGCUUCUUUUUUACUGCUCGGGCCGACCGACUCUGUGUGUGUGUUGCUCGCUUGCCUGCCUGCCUGCCUCCCGGGGCGGGGGUAGCCAAGCACAGCCGCGGAGGGAACCUUAUUGGCAGGUAAAGGAGUGCUCAAGAUGACAAAUUUUCUAAUAAUAUUCAGAACAUUCAAGCAAAUAUGAAUAAAUAAGAAUUAAUCUUGCUGCUGUGAUGCAAACGUGACAAUGGAGCAGCUUGGAGCAAAGGAAGUGCUUUAGAACAUGGAUGUGAAGGGCUUAUAUACCACUUCUCCCCUUUACAAGUACAUUUUGGAUUUUUUUUGAAAACUUUAUUUGAAAAUUUUGUCAUUCUCUCUGGAUCUAGUCUAAAGCAACUGAUGCUCAUUGAAGAAGAGAUUUAAAACUUUAUUUUUGGUUUUUAAAAAGUAUACUCGUGGGAUAUUUUUGUAAUUGCACACAAGGCCACAAAUAAAACUGAAUACAACCAGCCCUCUAGCAUACUCAUGACUCCCCCUUGAAGGAAAAGGAUUUACAGCUCAACCUUGCACCAGCUGUUACCCGGAUUUAGCAGUCAAAAGAGAAAUAAACAAAAUUAAACACCGAUUGCCAGACAGACAACCCCAGUUCCUGAUGAAUUCAGGGGAGAGUGAUCUUCCAUUAGGAGAAGAGGACAUUUGGAGGAUGGAAGAUAUGUGCAGAACUGGCAGAUUUGCUGGCAGGAUAACCUUCCCCUGAACAGCAACUAGAAAGUACUGUAUUGCUUUAUACCAAGAGCAGAUUAAAAAGGAAAAACCUACCACAGAAUCUACCUUGGAAAUUACUGUGAGCAUUCUGAAAACAGAAUAAGAGAACACCAAAAACUUAGUGGAGACCUUGUGUCUUAAGUGCUUUCCUCUGUCAUCCUGCCAGCUUGCACCAAAAAGUCCAAGUCCAGAUACUUUAUUGGCUACAUUUCUCAACUGUUUGUGUCACCUGCAACACAGGAUCUUCUCUGAAAGCUGUUUGAAGGGGUGCAUUUUGUUCUGAACUUGCCUCAUAACAAGCCUGCAUAAUUCUGCCCAUUCUUCUGAAUCACUAACACUUAAAACUGAUGUACAAGUUCACAUUUUAUAUUUUUAAAUCCCUUUGCCCCGCAGAAAUCUUGGGAAUUCCCUUGCUGGUUCUGUGAGACUUAUUUCACUCCAAAUACUGUAUUACCAAAUUAAUUUUAUUUUUUAUAUCAGUUCCACUUUGAUUUUACUGUUUAUCUGAUCUGACAAUAGCUAAUUUCAAGAACGUGGAUAAUGUUUUAAACCUCUCCCUGCAUACAAUUGCUUUUCAUUUUGAAGGUCCCUCUCCCCUUUUUCUUGUCCUUUCUGACGCCAGUUGGACCUAGGCUAUGCUGCAGGGCAGAUCAUCCACCAGAGCUCCAACAUGCCAGCAGCAUCUGGAAAGAGAUUCAAACCCAGCAAGUAUGUCCCAGUAUCAGCUGCUGCAAUCUUCCUAGUAGGAGCCACAACUCUCUUCUUCGCUUUUACGUGCCCAGGGCUCAGCUUCUAUAUCUCCCCCAUUAUACCCAUUUACAAUGCUGUGGUCUUUCUUUUUGUGUUGGCCAACUUCAGUAUGGCCACCUUCAUGGAUCCAGGCAUAUUUCCUCGAGCUGAAGAAGAUGAAGAUAAAGAAGAUGACUUCCGAGCCCCACUAUAUAAGACUGUGGAAAUAAAAGGUAUUCAGGUGCGCAUGAAAUGGUGUGCAACAUGCCGCUUCUACCGCCCCCCACGUUGCUCUCAUUGCAGUGUCUGCGACAACUGUGUAGAGGAGUUUGAUCACCACUGUCCUUGGGUGAACAACUGCAUUGGGCGACGCAAUUAUCGCUAUUUCUUCCUGUUCCUGCUCUCACUUACAGCACAUAUCAUGGGAGUUUUUGGUUUUGGCUUAUUAUAUGUUCUGUAUCAAGUGGAAGAGCUCUCUGGGAUUCGCAUGGCUGUGACUAUGGCUGUAAUGUGUGUGGCCGGCUUGUUUUUCAUUCCUGUAGCUGGCCUUACAGGAUUCCACGUAGUACUGGUAGCAAGGGGCCGCACUACUAAUGAACAGGUUACAGGCAAAUUCCGGGGUGGAGUAAACCCAUUCACCAAUGGUUGCUGUAAAAAUGUCAGUCGUGUUCUGUGCAGCUCCCCAGCUCCCAGGUAUCUUGGACGGCCAAAGGCAGAGCAGACUGUACUAGUAAGGCCACCGUUCUUGAGGCCAGAAAUAUCAGAUGGGCAGAUUGCAGUAAAGAUAAUGGACAAUGGUAUCCAGGCUGAGCUGACAAGAACAAAGUCCAAAGGAAGUCUUGAAGUGAUGGAGAGCCAAUCUGCUGAUGCUGAGCCACCGCCCCCACCCAAGCCAGACCUCAGCCGAUACACAGGUCUGAGGACGCAUUUAACCCUGACCACCAAUGAGGAUAGCAGUUUGCUAAGCAAAGAUAGCCCUCCAACUCCAACCAUGUACAAGUAUCGACCUGGCUAUAGCAGCAGCAGCACUUCAGCUGCAAUGCCUCACUCUACUAGCGCCAAGCUAAGCCGAGGAGACAGCCUGAAAGAGCCAACUUCCAUUGCUGAGAGCAGCCGAAACCCCAGCUAUCGCUCUGAACCAAGUCUGGAACCAGAGAGUUUUCGGUCUCCCACUUUUGGAAAGAGUUUCCAUUUUGAUCCUCUGUCUAGUGGUUCCCGCUCCUCCAGCCUCAAGUCUGCACAAGGCACAGGCUUUGAAAUGGGCCAUCUUCAAUCAAUCCGCUCUGAGGGCACCACAUCCACAUCUUAUAAGAGUUUGGUGAACCAGACACGCAACGGGAGUUUGUCAUAUGACAGUCUUCUCACACCCUCAGAUAGUCCUGACUUUGAGUCAGUGCAGGCAGGUCCAGAGCCUGAACCACCCAUGGGUUACACUUCUCCUUUCCUUUCUGCUCGUAUUGCUCAACAGCGGGAGGCUGACUUGCACAGCCGUUUUCCAAGCUCUGGCUCACCCAAGCACCAGCCACCCCGGGAUUCUUCCCCUGUUCGCUAUGACAAUCUUUCACGCCACAUUGUCGCCUCCAUGCAGGAGAGGGAGAAGCUUCUGCAACAGUCUUCUGCGUCACCGCCUUUGGCCAGAGAAGAGGAUACAGGGCUAGGGGACUCAGGCAUCCAGUCCACUCCAGGCUCCAGCCAUGCCCCACGUACCAGCUCCUCCUCGGACGAUUCAAAGCGCUCCCCACUGGGCAAGAACCCACUCACUCGCCCAGUGGCACCUCGGUUUGGCAAGCCAGAACCAACACAUGCACUCAGAGUGCGUUCCCUCGGCUCACCAGACCAGCCUGCAGCCCCACACUUGGGUAAAUCUGUGUCUUACAGCAACCAAAAACAGUCACCCCAGGCCAUUGUCCCAGAGACUGAGGAGGUGGCCUUGCAGCCUUUACUGGCACCAAAAGAUGAGGUGCAGAUGAGACCUUCCUACAGCAAGUCCAAUGGGCAACCCAAGAGCCUCAGCUCAACCUCGCCCACCCCUGGCCAGCCACCUCUCAGCAGCCCCACUCGUGGAGGAGUCAAGAAGGUCUCUGGAGUGGGUGGGACUACGUAUGAGAUUUCUGUAUGAGGAGGUGACCUCCCUGCUGUCUGCUCCUCCUUGGCUGAUUCCAAAACACCCUGUCUCUGAUGAGCUGGAGACUGGAAACUUGUUCAGCAAAUGGUUGUCUCAUCACAUGCAUGGACCUUUAUUUUUUAAAGAAAUCGAGGUUUGGUGGGAUGGGGAAGAACCAAGGGACAGCUACCUUUUUAACCUAAAUUAUCUGGAAUUGAGAGAAUUCCUAAACACUACAGCCGGAUCCCAGCCGUGCCCACCUCCAUAACCUGUCCUUUUACUCUCAGCCAACCAAGAGACUGCAAUUCGUAGCAUGCACUGCCGAGAGAGAAGGGGAGGGCCUUUUGUCAGCACCCCUGUGGGUGCGGCGGGGGGGGAAGAAUGUGCCGGCUCCAGCCUGCCCCACUACCAACAGGACAGUCAGUUGUGGACCUUGUGCAAUCACUUGCCUAGUGCGGUAGGAGUGGAUCAUUUUUAAUUUUUUUUAUUAUUGUUACGAAUUCUAUUUUUUCCUCUUCUGAGUUACUGGGUGUGUGUAUAUAUAAAUAUCUAUAAAUAUAUAAAUAUAAAUAUAAAAAGAAAUUAUAUAUCUACCCAUAUUGAGGGAGGGAGGCCUAGGCCUAUGCCAUUUGCUGCACAUGAGGAAACCAUGUAUAAAGCAUUUGUGUUUGAGGGAAUCUAGGGGGAUAUAUUGGGUCAACCACUUGAUUGUGUUGUGUAGCCCAAAAGAAAAGACAUCUUAAAAAACUACCACUCUCAAGACAUGCAGGGUUGAGAAAAUGGCAGUGUGUCAGUUGACCUGGCCUGGUUGUGCCUGUAUCUUUGGCUAGGUAGGAGCUUGGUUUAUUGUGCCCAGCUUUGCAUUGUCCAUUCUGCAAGGGAGCAUUCAAAGCCCACCUCCUUCCUUAUUACUGCUCACCUGGGCUAUGUCAUGAUGGAAGACCUUCCCCAUGAGUUCUUUCCUGAGAGACCGGGAGGGUUUAGGAGAACUGCGGUAGCCAGUGGUUUCUCAUGUUUUCAGCUUCUAGACUUUGCUUUCUCAAGAAAGCGACUCAGAAUACAGAUGGCCAUUCUGUACAGGCAGCUUAGCAUUCAAGACAGUAGAUGCGUACUGUUAAGGUGCUUGAGGUGCAUAGGAGAGAGAGAGGGUGGCAGUAGCAUUGGUAUUGGGGCUAGGUCCUUUAUGUGGAGAUAUAAAUACAGUACAAGUAAAGUCUCCCAGGUGAUUUCUCAGUUGGGGGGGGGGUUUGCAUCAUUUUAAUGAAUUGCUUCAUAUUGAUUUCCAGUUGUAUCAUCACUCUUUAUUCCCAACUGGGCAAGAGAAAGAAGAGGAGAAGACAAACAAACCAAAAAGCAAUAUUUUUCCAUAUGCCAAAAAAUUCUCUCCACCCAUAAACGCCCAUGAAAGUAAAAUCCAGAACAACCCAGGAAUUUAAUGGUUUCUAGUCGCUACUGACUCUUUCUCUAUGGCAAUAUCGUAACUGUGGUCUCCAUUGAGCCACACUUUUAUUUUUAUUAUGACUAGCCAUUUUAAAAUGAGGAAUAAAAAUAUAUAUAAUGA